AUGAUUUGCGAAAUCCUAGUAUUUUCGCUAAUUUUCUUAAUAUUAAGAUGUCUUCUAUGGCUAAGAAAUCGACGCCAAAGACAUCGAUUGUUCAGCGAAAACGGUAUCCGCGGACCAAAACCGUCGCUACUAUCGGGCAAUUAUUUUGAAAUCAAAUCGGAUCCAAACGAAACUUUCCGGGAAUGGAUUCAGGAAUUUGGUCAACAUUUUGGCUACUAUUUAGGCGAUACACCCGUACUGAUGAUUACCGAUCCGGUGGUCAUACGGGAAGUGUUGGUCAGCCGCAGUCGACAGUUUCAGAAUCGCCAGAAAUUCUUUCUGAAUGCCCGACCAUUUGUUUCGUCACUUCUGGCUCUUCGCGGCGAUCGUUGGCGUCACGUCCGCCGUGUGAUGACACCGUUUUUCAGUCAUCAUCGGGUAAGCUCUCCCGAGAUAACCGCAAUUAUCGAGGAGUCGGUCGACCGAUCUAUAGCUAAGAUUAUCGACGACCAGAAAUUCCUGGUCAAUGUUACGGAUCGGAUGCAAUCGAUAACUUUGGAUAUUAUUUGCCGCAUUGGUCUGGAUAUGCGCGAUACCGAUGUCCACGACGAGGACAGCCAACUGAAACGGGCGGCCCAAGAGUUUAUGGCUUCGGCUACCAAUCUGGUGGUCAUAUGGGCCUCGUUUCUACCGUUUUUGCGGCCAGUUUUGACAUUCAUCAACAACUAUCUGACCGCUGGCCGAAUGACCGAUCUAUUGUUGAAACAUCUCGACAGACAAAUCACUUUUGCCACCCAAUCGUCGUCGUCGUCGACAUCAGAUCCCGAUAGUAGUAGUAGUAAAACAAUUAGCAAUAAUGUAUUGAAAUCAAUGUUAAAGUCAUACUUUGACGGCAAACUUACUCGCGAAGAGGUUACCGGUAAUAGUGUUUUACUAAUUUUGGCCGCAUUUGACACGACGGCUAUGGGCUUGACGUUUGCAUUGUAUUGUUUGGCCAAAAACCCGGCCGUUCAGCAAACAUUGCACCGAGAGAUCCAAUCAAACGGUGGCCAUGAAUGCGAUUACUUGAAUAUGGUCUGGUAUGAAUCGUUGCGUUUGUAUCCACCGGUGGCCACAUUUGUCCAGCGAGAGGCCAGCGAAACAGUUGAAAUAGCAAGCGAUCGGCUUAUACCCGGGGGUAGUAUAUGUCAUGUUCCUGUUUGGCAUAUACACCAUAAUCCCGAUCUAUGGCCCGAACCCGACCGAUUUGAUCCGCAACGGUUUGCACCCGAAAACAGAUCGGCCAUACCAUCCAUAGCCUAUCUACCGUUCGGUACGGGUCCCCGAUCGUGCAUUGGCCUCGAAUUGGCCGCACACGAAGCGCGGAUAACGUUGUCGAAAAUUAUCGGUAAAUUUCGUGUGGAAACCUCUGCCGAAACACCCGAUAGGCUUGAAUUUCGGUCGACAAACGGUAUACUAUCGCCAAAACAUAGUAUUUAUUUGCAAUUCAUACCAAUUAAUAGAUAA